UGCUGUUUGAUAUUUGACGCGUUUGAUAUUUGACUCAUCUGUCACGAAUGGCAAAUGUUGUUCAAAACUUCCGCCCAUAAGGGAUUGUCAUUAAUAAGGGGGAAAUCAACAGUUGAACUGCUUGUGUUGAAGAAAAUUCUAAACACAGCAAACACAAAUGCCACCGAAGAAAGACUUCAAAAUUCACAAGUCUUGCCUGAACAAUCAAGAAUACUAAUAAGGGUUUAAAUGUCGAAAUGGAUUUAACAAAAAAGAGGAUUGACAUAUUGUCUUUUGAUGGCGGAGGAAGUCGAGGUGUAAUGGAAUUGAAGAUUCUCGACGACGUUUUACGUUUGGCAACGAUUGUUUUGAAAACACCUGAGACUGUGAAAUAUCUUGUAAAGGAAGAAAAUGAUGAAAAGGAAGAAAAUUUCCUGGAAGAUCGCGCAGUUCGAGAACGUUUGAUCAACGAUUUGAGAGACGUUAAGGAUCCCAUUCAUCCAGCUGAAGUGUACGAGAUGAUAGUUGGUACCAGUACAGGAGCUCUGAUCGCGUUUGGUUUAGUUGGCGGAAAUAAAGUUGGCAACAACCAUCGUAAAAGAGAACGGAUGACUGUGGAAGAAUGCAUUCAGAUGUAUCUCACAAAGACUAGAGAAAUUUUUAGGAAGACCUGGUCCCACUGGUUUUAUUCUUACAUACCUUUGCUGUCCAAAAUCCCACUUCUGACAUAUUCACAAGGUAACGUAGAGAAAGCCCUGGAGGAUCAGUUUGGUGAUUGCAUCUUAAGUGAUCUAGGCGGAGUGGGUCCUUUGAAGAACGUUGCUGGAGCUGUUGCAAGAAAACUCGGCGAAAAAGGAGAUCUCGUACUAUUUGAUACAGCAAGCGAAGACUACAACAAUUACAAAGCUUACGAAGUCUUGCUCGCCUCCUCAAAUGCUCCAAUAUACUUUAAUACUCCAGUAGACAUUGGCAACGAUAAAUUUGUAGAUGGAGGCGUUGGUGGAAAUUGUCCUUUGAAACAAGCAAUUCCCAGAGCACAAAAACAUUUUGGAAAAGAUGGUAAAGACGUAAAAAUAGUUUCGGUUUUAUCAAUUGCACCUCCAUUGCAUUUAGAAUCAGCAAUUGAUUCUAAUACAGGUUUUGAAAGUUGGGUAAAUUAUUUUGUCAAAGAAUCAACCGAUGGAAACGCAGUGUACAACGACGUUGUGAAGCAACAUAGAUGGAACAAAACUUUGUUUCAAAGGUUAUCGCCACGUGGUGAAAGUUUAAAAAAAUUCAAGCUUGAUGAAAUUGAUGUCCAAAAGAUGUUAGAUUACAUGAAAAAAGAAAAGGCUGAGGAUGACAUGUUUCUCGUCGACGUUGUUGCCACUGCAAUGGUUGUUGUCUUUACAUCUGUUAAAAAAGUGAAAAAUGAGCAGAAAACCACGUUGACCACAGCAGCACGACUUGCUAAAGUUGCAGGACUUGCCUACGAAAGCAGGAAAGAAUAUGAAUCAGCAAUCGUUUCGUACGAAACAAGCAAACGUCUGCAAAAGAAAGUCGGAAUUGAUUUCACUUAUUUCGAAGUCUCAUAUAAAAUUGCAAAAUGCAUGAAAAAACAGGGGAGAUUUCAAUUGGCAAUGAAAUCAUUUAAAUCCAACGUUAACAUCCUAGUUGGCCAUCAAGGUGACAAGAAGAUUGAUGAUAUACUGGUCGAUACUUUGAUCGAGAUAGCAGACUGUUACCUAGCAACGUUUCGAUAUGCUGAUGCGGAAGAAUACUUGGAAGAAUUUCGAUUAAAGUAUAAAAAGAAAGAAGAUAUCAAUGAUGAGAAAUUUGCACGUGUCUUUACCAAGGAAGCAUGGUGCAAACAGCAACAAGGUAAAUUUGUGAAAGCUGUCAAUCUUUAUACGGAGGCAGCUACAUACACCCCAGACGACGACAACCCUGAAAAAGCAGAAAUUCAAAAUAACAUUGGAUUAUGUUUCGUAAGUCUUGGAAUGAAAGAAAAAGGGCUUGAGUUUGUUCGCAAAGCCCAAAAAAUAAGAGAGAAGUUAAAUACACCGAAUAAGGAUUCCCUAGUGGCUGAAUCUCUUUACAACGUUGGGUUUUGCUUGUUGAAGAAAGGUGACUUCGAUAAGGCUAAGGACUCUCUGGAGAGAGCUAAAGAAAAGUACGAUCAACUUAAUGACGAGAUAGGCAUUUCCUUAGCACUGAGAAAUUUGGCAGCAUACCUGUCCUUAAAACAUGAACCAGAAUACGACCGUGCUUUGGCUUACGCCCAACAGGCUCUGGAAAAGAUAAAAAAUUCUGUCCCUUAUUACUACAAUCCUGGAAUUGCUAGGAGCUUGUCAGUUCUUGGUCUCUGCCUUUUCAAGGCGGGAAAAUUUAAAGAAGCAAAGAAAAAACUGUUACAAGCUUCCGAUAUCACCAAAUAUUUGUUUUCAGAAGACCAUUGGUGGCUGAUAGACAUUUAUAAGCUGCUCUACAAUUUGUAUAUGAAAGAUGACGAGCAGGAGGCCAAGGAAUACGAAACGAAAAGGAUAAAAAUAGAAAGCGAGAUAGAAAAUAUGGCCAAGAAUAUAGAAGAGAACAUAGAAAUAAGGUGGAAGCCUCUUCCAGAUAAUCCCUCUUCUAAGAACAAUGGAAAGAGUGAAAAUUAAGUUUAAAAAUACCAGACCUUACGUUAAUUUGACUGUUCUUUAUCAAAAUGAAAUAAAAGUAAGCCAGGCAUAUAAUCAGUUGCUAACGCUUGAAAUUCGCGAUUGCGUGCAUUUUAAGGAAAGCCAGUACAAUUUAGGAUAGAAGAUCUAUUGUUGUAAAAACUCAGCAAGAGAAACUGAAGAAUGAAAGCACAUUUACCUAUUUGUAUAGCGGAUUUUCUUUCAUUCAAGAAUACCUGCGUAAGAUCAUUUAUGUAUUGCAAUCCUAAUAAUUUUUAUUUUGCUUUACCUGAAAGGUUCGUAGAAAUAAUUAAUCAUGUACUGAAUGUAGAAGUCACCAAAUAAACUUACAUAAAAACUGA